AUGGACAGGUUGCUGCUGCUGCUGCCCCUGCUACGGGAGGGGUCCCUGCAGCAGGAUCCGUGGUACCAGCUGCAAGUGCAGGAAUCGGUGACAGUGCAGGAGGGUUUGUGUGUCCUUGUGCCCUGCACCGUCUCCUAUCCCUCGCUUGGUCAGACCGACUCUACACCCAUUUAUGGUGAAUGGUUCCAGAAAGGGGAUAGACCAUCCCAAAUGCACCUUCCCAUGGCCACAAACAACCCAGGCAGGGGAGUAAAAAAGAAGAGAAAAAUCCCAUUCCACCUGCUCGGGGACCCUGGGGCGAACAACUGCUCCCUGGGCAUCACAGACACCCGGAAGGGGGACAGUGGAAACUAUUAUUUUCAGCUGAUGAGAGGUGGUGUGAAACAUAGUUACAAAAAUAACCUGCUCAUUGUGAACGUGACAGCGCUGACACGGACCCCCGAUAUCUACAUCAAGGAGCCCCUGGAGUCCGGCUCUAGCAGCCACGUGACGUGCUCCGUGCCAGGGGCCUGUGACCAGGCCACGCCGCCCACCAUCUCCUGGACCGGGGCUGCCCUCUGCCCCCCGGGACUGGACUCGAAGGGGGCCUAUAACUCCUCGGAGAUCGUGCUCACCCCCGGCCCGCAGGACCACGGCACCAACCUCACCUGCCGGGUGACCUUCCGCAGGGCUGGCGUGAGCACGGAGAGGACCGUCAUGCUCAACGUGUCCUACGCCCCCCAGAACCUGACCAUCAGCAUCUCCCGAGGAAAUGGCACAGAGGUCGGGGAAUGA